AUGGUUAUUGCUAAGCUCCGCAGCCCCCAACAGCGAGACGCCAUGUUUGCUGCUGUUGCCAAAUUCAAUAAAAUUAACCCAAAGGAAAAGCUGUCAACCCAACAUCUUGGUUUGGCGGGUCCGCCAAAGCCUGUGUUUGUCUCUGAGCACUUAACACCAGCUAUCAUGUCUCUGUGCGCAGCAGCUCGCCUCAAGGCCAAGAAGGAGGAUUUCAAAUUCGUAUGGGUUCGUAAUGGGCACAUCAUCUUACGCAGAAAUGAGUACAGCCAAGCCAUCCUCAUUCAAAAUAUUGAGAGUUUUGAUUCGAUAACCUCUACUCAACAAAGAUCCUAA